AUGGAGGUGUUCCUGGCAGCUUGUCCCAGGUGGACGCACGGGGCCGGCUGUUCCCGGGAAUGUGACUGUGUUCAAGAACAUUCCUCUGGCUGCGACCCCAAAACAGGAAGCUGUUUCUGUGAGACCGCCUACCACGGACCACAGUGUGAGAAAGAAUGUGAGCCAGGGUUCUUCGGUGCCGGCUGUGAGCAGCCAUGUGACUGUCCAGGUGGAGGGUCAUGUGACCCGCGGACCGGGGAGUGCAGUCAGAGAUGUCCUGCAGGUCUUCACGGAGAAAAAUGUCAACUGGCCUGCCCAUCACUGAGAUAUGGUGAGAGCUGUCGUCUGACCUGUGGCUGUGGAGGAGCUCCAUGUGAUCCUGUAACCGGACGAUGCAUCUGUCCUGCAGGGAAGACUGGGGACUCCUGUCAUGAAGACUGCCCUGAUGCAUUCUGGGGGAUGAAGUGCCAGUCAGCGUGUCCUGACUGUGAGAACGGAGCCUCCUGCAAUAAGGAGAGCGGAGUGUGUGAGUGCAGACCAGGCUUCAUGGGGAACCUCUGCCAGAAUGAGUGUCCCCCAGGUCUCCAUGGUCCAGGCUGUGAGGGUCUCUGCUCCUGCCCCCCCGACACUGACUGUGACCCCCAGACGGGACACUGUCUCUGCCCUGCUGGCAAAAGAGGCCCUGACUGUGCAACAGAUGAGAUCUGGUCCUUCUCACAGCACAGGCGUCUUCCUGACUUUCUCCUGAAGGAAGAGGCCCAGCAGAAGACUGAGAAACGGGACACCUCUGUUUGA